AUGGCAGAAACCAACAAUCCAAUCAGCGAAAUCGUGUCCUCACACCGUCCAGAUCUAGAAAAAGAAUAUGUACCCCUCUACAAACACUUCCAUGCCAACCCAGAACUCUCGCACCAAGAAAAGGAAACCGCAGAGAAAAUAGCCGCACACCUGAAACAGAAAUGUCCAGAUGUCGUCCUGCACACCAACAUCGGCGGCCACGGUCUAGCAGGCAUCCUCGCCAACAACUCUGGCCCCACAAUUCUUCUCCGCGCAGACAUUGACGGCCUGCCAGUACUGGAGAAAUCAGGCCUGGAAUGGGCGAGCAAAAAACGCAUGGUCGAUCUCGAAGGAGUGGAGAAGCCGACUAUGCAUGCUUGUGGGCAUGAUAUACAUAUAACUUCUUUGCUGGCUGCUGCANNGGAGCUGCUCUACGAAGCCAGGGAUACCUGGUCAGGGACACUGAUAUUCUGUUUCCAGCCUGCAGAGGAGAAGGGUCAGGGUGCACAGGCUAUGGUUGAUGAUGGAUUGUACGACAAAGUGCCUGUUCCUGAUGUUGUCUUGGGCGGGCAUGUGAUGCCCAUGCGAGCAGGCACACUGGGUACGAAGCGCGGACUCAUGGCAUCCUCGGCAGACUCACUGAAAGUGACCCUACACGGAAAAGGCGGACAUGCCAGUCAACCGCAUAGACUGGUUGAUCCGGUCGUGAUGGCUGCAAGCACAGUGAUGAGGUUGCAGACCAUUGUCAGUAGAGAGGUUGAUCCUGCUGACAGUGCGGUCGUCACCUGUGCUUGCAUAAUUGCUGGAGACGCAGAAAAUGUGGUUGCCGACGACGCCAUUCUGAAAUUGGACCUCAGAGCUGUGAACGACGAGACCAGAAGCAAGGUCUUGAGUAGUGUGAAGAGAAUCGUCACGGCCGAGUCGAUGGCUAGCGGCGCAGUCAAAGAUCCUACCUUCGAGACAACGAGAAACUUCCCGCUUACCAUCAACGACGAAGAAGUCACGGAGCGUCUGGAGGACAGCUUCAGCAAGCACUUUGGGACUAGUGAACAUUCAUACACGAGUUCUGCAACAAAGUUGGGUGGUAGCGAAGAUUUCGGGAUUCUGGCAACGGCGAUCGGAAAACCUUCAUCCUUCUGGACUUAUGGCGGUACAGAUCCUAAGAUAUGGGAUCAAGUGGCAGCAGAAGGGCGUCCUGGGGACGUGCCCAUCAACCACAGUGCCUACUUCGCACCAGUAAUCAUGCCGACGCUGCAAGUGGCCGUCGAUGCAUAUGCUGUUGCAGCACUAACAUGGCUGUUGAAGAAACGAUGA